UUCUCCGGGCUUUGUUACAAAGACGAGCAGAAGGAUAAAGAACUGCGGCCGUAGUGUUGGCAUUGCUCCUGAAUAUACAUCUAUAUUUGAGGGACGACUUUUCCAGGAACAACGGGACCAAAGCGAUAUUGCGACCCAUUUUCUGUUCGUUUCGGAUGGAAUUAUGUCACUGCAUAUGAGGAAAAGGAGGUGUAUUUGGAUAUAUCUGGCGGUUACGCUUUUCGGAUGCUUUUGGAAAACGGUGUGCGGGCAGCUUUCCUAUUCGGUGUCCGAGGAGAUAAAAGCAGGCACUUCCGUUGGAAAUAUUGCUAAGGAUCUAAACCUCAAUGUUCAGGAUCUGGAAUCCCGUACGUUUCAACUCGUUUCUGGCUCAAAGCGAAAAUACUUUGAGGUGAAUCUCAAGACUGGUUCUCUGUUUAUCAAUGAAAGAAUCGACCGUGAGGAGCUCUGUGGAAAGGCUACGAAGUGCACCGUAAACAUAGAGGCCGUGAUCAAUAAUCCGUUGAAAUUGUAUCAUUUAGAGGUCAAUAUUGUAGAUCAAAAUGAUAAUGCACCCUUUUUCGUAGAAAAUGUACAAUCCCUCGACAUCCCAGAAAGUACUCUAACCGGAGCCAAAUUUGCACUUAUUGAAGCCUCUGAUUUGGACGUAGGUAAAAACAGUGUAAGUACAUACACGCUCAGUCCAAAUGAUUACUUUACUUUGGAAAUACAUAAAGGAGGUAAGAGUGUGUCCGCCGAGUUAGUGCUUCAGAAGGCGUUAGAUCGGGAGAAAGAGGCCCUUAUUAAGCUCACACUGACAGCAGUUGAUGGGGGAAAUCCUACCAGAUCAGGAACAUCACAGAUUGUUAUUAACGUUUUAGAUACAAAUGAUAACCGCCCGGUUUUCAGUAGUUCAUUGUUCAAAACGCGGAUUUUGGAAAACUUGCCUCCUGGAACUAAAAUAAUUAUAUUAAAUGCAUCAGACGCAGAUGAAGGUGUGAAUAGUGAUAUUGAAUACUCACUUAGAAGUAAAGGCCAGGAUGACAUAUUUCCUUUAUUUGAUAUUGAUUCUAAAAGCGGCGCAAUUUCGAUCAAAGGUCCAAUAGACUUUGAAAAAAACUCUGCGUUUGAGAUCCACGCGCAAGCCAGUGACAGAGGCCAGCCUCCAAUGUCAGCUCACUGUAAAGUACUCGUAGAGGUAGUGGACCUCAACGACAAUGCUCCGGAGCUCACCGUGACGUCAUUGAUGGAUACUGUAGAAGAAGACGCUAAAAUAGGCACCGCUAUUGCUUUGAUCUCCGUUCUCGACAAAGACGAUGGAACGAACAGCGUAGUGAGGGUUGUGAUCGCGAACGACGUGCCAUUCAAGUUGGAAACGAACUAUAAAAACUAUUACUCGCUGGUAGUUAACGGGCUCAUCGACAGAGAGACGAUUGCUCAUCACAAUGUUAAUAUCGUAGCAACUGAUGAAGGUACCCCACCUCUUUCCAGCUCCACCGUUGUCACAGUGCACGUGGCUGACGUUAACGACAACGAGCCCCGUUUCACGGAGACUCUGAUGAACGUUUACGUCAAAGAGAAUAGCCCAGUAGGUGUUUUUAUUAAAACUGCGUCGGCAAUUGAUGUUGACGGGGGACAAAACGGUCAGAUAAGUUACUCACUUUUGACAAACAGCGUUUCCUCAAUACCUCUCUCUACAAUGGUCAAUGUUAAUUCAGAAACUGGCGAUAUUGUCAGUCGCCAAUCUUUCGACUAUGAAGAGUUAAAAACGUUUCAAUUCAAAGUUAGGGGCACAGACUCCGGUAUUCCUCCCCUCAGCAGUAACGUGACAGUGAAUGUUUUCAUCCUGGAUGAGAAUGACAACAGUCCCGGGAUUUUAGCCCCCUAUUCUGAACACGGCUCCGUUAACAGUGAGCACAUUCCCUACUCUGCUGAAGCGGGAUACUUUGUGGCUAAAAUCAGAGCCGUAGACGCAGACUCUGGUUACAAUGCACUGCUUUCUUAUCACAUCUCUGAACCCAAAGGAACCAAUCUCUUUCGGAUCGGAACCAGCACCGGUGAAAUCAGGACUAAGAGACGGAUGAGUGACAAUGACCUGAAAACUCACCCGUUGGUGGUGUUGGUUUGUGAUAACGGAGAGCCCUCCCUGACAGCUACUGUGUCUAUUGAUGUCGUUGUGGUUGAAAACACAGGAGACCUUCAGACUCAGAUCAGACACGUGCCGCAAAAGGAGGACAGCUUCUCUGCUUUAAACCUGUAUUUGCUGGUCGCCAUUGCGUCGGUGUCAGUGAUCUUUCUACUGAGUCUCAUCAGUUUAAUAGCAGUCAAAUGCCACCGGACAGACAACAGUUUCAGCAGGUACAGCGCCCCAAUGAUCACCACCCACCCUGACGGGAGCUGGUCAUACUCUAAAUCUACUCAGCAGUAUGACGUGUGUUUCAGCUCAGACACACUGAAGAGUGACGUAGUAGUGUUCCCUCCUCAAUUCCCGCCCGUUGAUGGAGAACUGAUCAGUAUAAACGGAGGAGAUACUUUAAGCAGAACUCAGACUUUGCCCAAUCACGAGAAGGUAAGACACUUAAACGUUCAUCUUUAAUUAUUCUGGCGAUUUGCAUUUGUUUGUAUUGAAUUACCCUCAUCAGAAACUACGUUAUGCUUUCCAUGGUGCUGAAACAAUACCUUAAAGACUUUGCUAUUACACAAAUGUAGCUAUAUUUUCUAUCUAUUCUAUUUGAAAAUGAGGAGUGUUAUACACAUGAACACAUAUUAUGCGUUUGAUAAUGUUGAAUGUAUUACUGCAUUAUAAGCACAGGGUCGCCAAGUGUUGCAAUUUGAGUCACUUAAGUAGCGUUGCUUCACACGGUGCAAACACAACAGACUACAACGGCCACCAAAUAAAAUAAUAAUUAGCAAUAAUAAAAAUCAUAUUCAUGAUCACAAAACUUUUCAUGAUUAUUAUUGUUGGUAUUAUAGAGGUAUAAU